AGGAUGCAACAGCCUGCCCUCCCGGUGAACAAGACCCGCCCGUACUGGUUCUUCCACUCCCUGAAGAUCCGGAAGAUGAAGAGGCCCUGUCAAGAUUCUACCGUUGAAUGUGCCAGUGUUUAGCCUUAGGUCAACCUGUUUUAGUACCCUGGUGUGAAGACUCGAGAAAGCCUCGUACUAAGUGGACAGAAGCUGGCCUUCGCCGCGAAUUCUGUGAUCUAAGACACCCAGUUAUAUGGCAAGACGCCCUCCUUCGGGCCAAGGAACGAACCGAGAGCAAAGAGUCUCUACCAAAUGUCAGUCCAGAUGUUGACCAGUCCGAUCUGGAAACAGACGGUUAUUGGUUUUCGGAUUAUACACCAGUAGGCAAGAAAUCGCGCAGGGCGACCCAACUUCACUCGAAUAAUCAGAGUACCGAGAUGCUGGAGUCAGAAUCGUACCUGCAAGGAACCAAAGUUCAUCACAGUGGACCCGUAGGUGACUGUGUGGACACGCUACAGCAUCCAGAAAUAUGUGCCAAUCUGUUGGAUUCUGGUAGCGAAGAAAGGAAUAGACCGUUUUUUAUCCACAUGCUUUGUGACCACUCUCACGAUUUCAUCAACACUGAAAGGAUAAAUGUCAUCGACGGAAGCUCGAAGAAACCUAUAGUAACCUUAGCUCCACCUGAUAGCUAUAAUCACAAUUUUCACCCGAUGAACAAGUGGAAACUUAUGACUGGAGCUGGAUAUGUCACCUUCCCUCAUCAUGACUCGGGCGGUUUGGCGACUUAUAUCAUGAUAAAGACUGGAAUGAAGAUUUGGGGUAUCUUCAGGCCUAAAGAGGACCCCUCUCAGCCAGUCGAGAGUCGCAGCUCUACACAGCACCGUCUUGCUGUGACAGAAAAAAUACUGAAUA